AUGGCCGCUGAUGAAAAUUAUGACCUAAAUGAAAACCCUUUUAAACCAAGACAUUAUUUACCAUCUGAACAAUUUUCCUUUACCGCUGUUGAACGUGAAGAAGUUGAAUCUAUUGUUAUGUCUAUGGCACCAAACAAAGCUCCUGGGAACGAUAAAGUUCCGAUACAUGUAAUCAAAACUUGCUUGACUGUAAUUUCACCUACCAUCACUUCAAUUAUCAAUGCCUCACUAUUAACCUCUAGUUUUCCGAGCGUAUGGAAAAACGCUGAAGUUGUUCCUAUCCACAAGAGUGGUGAUCAUGAGAUCGCAAAUAAUAAUAGACCUAUAUCGCUAUUGCCAGUGCUAUCAAAGAUCUGCGAACGAGCAGCUUAUAAUCAGUUUUCGACCUACCUUCUCUUGAAUGAUCGUUUAUCGUCUAAACAAAGUGGAAACAAGCAUCUACACUCAACAGAAACCUCGGUAAUUCAGACUACAGACAUGAUCUUGAAUGCCAUUGACAAGAAACAGCUAACUGCGAUUGUAUUACUCGACAUGAGCAAAGCAUUCGAUAGCAUAGAUACCACGACUCUGAUUACUAAGUUAGAAGAUGUUGGCGCGUCUUGUCAGGCGAUUCAAUGGUUCCAAAGCUACCUAACAUCCAGGUAUCAAGUAGUAAGAAUACAAACAACCUUAUCCGAGCCUUUAGAGGUAAAGAGUGGAGUACCUCAGGGAAGUAUACUUGGGCCACUUCUGUUUAGUAUUUAUGUGAACGAUUUGCCAUCAGUUCCACAACAAUGUUCUCCCUAUUCCUAUGUCGAUGACACAAAACUCCUAAUGUCGUUUUCUCUGCAACACCAACAAAGAGCUGUCUCAGAAAUAAAUCAAGAUCUCUUGAGAAUACGUAAUUGGUGUUUUGAUAACAAGUUACUGUUAAACCCAGGAAAAACUAAGGCCAUGAUAUGCGGUAGCAGACAGAUGAGAGCAAAACUUCCUAAUUUUCGCCUCUCACUUCUCGGUAAAGAAAUCAUUCCUGUAACAAGCGCCAAAGAUCUCGGCGUAAUCUUGGACUCUGGUAUGACGUUCGACAGCCAUGUACAAGCCACUAUCUCCUCAUGUAUGUCUCGUUUAGGUCAAAUAAACCGCGUGAAACAUUGCUUUGACAAACACACAUUAACAAUUAUUAUUAACUCUCUAGUUUUUUCAAAAUUAUAUUAUUGCUCUACAGUCUGGAGCAACACUUCUCAAACAAAUUUAAAUAAGGUACAGGUAGUGCAGAACUUUGCAUGUCGAAUAGUUAGCGGAGUUGGCAAAUACGAUCAUGUCACACCAAUUCUGCAAGAACUAAAGUGGCUUCCUGUUCGACAGUAUUUAUAUUUUCGUGAUGCAGUCAUGGCAUUUAAAUGCAUGACAGGAAACGCACCUGCAUACCUAACUGAGCAGUUUGUGAGACGAGGUGACAUUUCAUCUCGCGUUACUAGGAACUCGAGCAUGAUUGAAACUCCUUUACACAGAACAGCAACUGGGCAACGAUCCUUCAAAUUCAGAAUGGCCACAAUUUGGAAUUCCUUAA